GAAGAAGAAGAAGAAGAAGAAGAAGAAGAAGAAGAAGAAGAAGAAAGAAGAAGAAGAAGAAGAAGAAGAAGAAGAAGAAGAAGAAGAAGAAUGACCGGAAAAGAAGAAGGAGGUAUCUGCAGAGAGCUCCGCUAUUUCUGGCAGUUCUCUGACAGUUCCUUCACAUUUACAGCGAUUGAAACAUUGUAUCUAUUUGUUUCCGAAUAAAAACAUCUGUAUCCUAAAUGGAAACAAAUAGAUACAAUGUUUUCAACCGCUGUAAAUGUGAAGGAACUGUCAGAGAACUGUCAGAAAUAGCGGAGCUCUCUGCAGGGACACUUUUUGCCGGCUGUAGAAGGGAUGAAAAUCGGCCGACCGAUCGGGAAAAAUUCGAUUCG